AUGGCCUCACAAGUCUAUCAUGAUGUUUCCACACUAUCGGCAGCAACCUCUACGAUGACCAAUGACGAUGAGGAAGUGAGAUCACCGAGCUCACCCUUCUAUAAUUUACGGAAUGAACAAAAAUUUAUUACAGCAGCCGAGUACAAGGACUCGCAGGACUAUCAAGACGAAUUACAUACGAGUCAUGAUGACCAAAUGAUUGUUUAUGAUGAAGAUCCUUUUGGUAUUCCUAAAGACCCAUUUGAAGAGGAUUCUAAUGAAGAUAUUCUUGAUUAUCAGGACUAUCCCGAAGAUAAGUAUGAUGAUGACCAUCAUGAAGACGAAGAGAGAUUUGAGAAUGAAUUAUAUCAUCAUGAUGAUGACACUCGACUUGACACUUCUAGAACUAAAUCAAUAUACAGUGGAGGAUUGGAGGAUUCUUUCAUAAGGACUGCUGUGUUAUCACCUACUGGUUCUGUUACAUCAACUUUUUCAACUCGAAGCAGUCGAUUGAGAAGAAUUAGUGGAUAUGAACCACUUUUAACACCACAAUCUGUCUCUGAAAAAAGAAAAUCAUCUCGUCUCUCCGUGUCAACACUCCUUCCACCAGAUGUUGAGAGAAAGGACGUUGUUGCUGGUUUAAUUCCUAGUUUACACGUUGCUUUAUUCAUCAUUGUGCUAAUGCUUGCCAUUGUAUUUUAUAGCAGCGAACUGCAUUAUAUUAUCAAACCCGCUGUGAGAUUUAUUUCAAGGCUAUUGAGAAGGUUAAAUGUGAAAGUGUGGACUGAAUUUGAUGAGCUAGAGCUUUAA